UACAUUCAUAGAUAAAUUCUUCAUUCAAGCAAAUAUUGAAGAAGUAGUAUGGAAUUUUGGAAUCAAUUUUUUAUCAAUGCUGGGUUUGAGAAUGACACUGCGAAUGAUCUUUCCAUUCUAUUUAACAAUCAUCAUUUGACCAAGCAAAUGCUCCCAAGUAUUACAAAAGAACAUUUAAUAGAUAUGGGCAUUAAAACAAUUGGAGAUAUAAUCCUGAUUCAAAAUCAAGCUAAAGAGAUACAAGAAAGGGAAAAUAAUCCUUAUAAAAUUCAACAAAGAAAAGAUGGAAUCAAAUUAUCCUCUGAAAAUAUAUUAAAUUAUAAAAAACAAGAAAUUUAUAAAAAAUUGGAUGAAAAUAUGGACGUUGAACAAGUACCAGUCUUACCAGAAAAAUCUAUAUUACUAAGUAGUACAAAUGAUCGUAACAAUCCUACCCUUAAAACUCAAUCUAACACUAAACUCCAAAGUCAAAUCCUCCCUUCAAUCCAAUCUAAUUCUGUCAUAAACCAAUCAAUUAACGAAUCUAUCACGAAAGUUGCCACAAGCUUACCUAUAGCCAAAUUAGUGGGAACCAUAACUAUUCCAAAGAAAGAAACAAAUAACCAAUCACAAAAGGGGCAAUCUAAAAAGGUACAAUUUCAAAGGAGAGAAUUAAGUGGUGCCAAUAAAAAAAUUUCCACAAUAGCUGCAAUUUCACCCCUAAUAUCUAAAACUUCUAGUAGAACUGUCAGUCAAGGAAUCUUUGCUAACUCAAAACCUAGACCAUCUCAAGGUAUUAGAAAUAGAUUGGGAACUUUACCAAGCAACAAUGAUCUAAUUAACACAGAUUCAGGGCCAAAUAAUUUUAAUCUAACUAUGUCAGCUGAAAGGAAUGGUCUCAGAAGAGUUACACAAAAAACAUCCUUUAAAAGAACGAUUCUUAACUCAACUAUUCCAUCAAGUAAAAAACAAUCUCUUUUUGGGGUAAUGAAUUAUGAUAAUGAAACAAAUGGCAGGAAAGUUGCUUUUGCUGAUUAUGGUAAAACUAGAUCUAAUGAAAAUUACUCGGAUCGUUUAUCCAGAAGAUUGCCUCUUAGAAAUAGUGGUAGGGUGCACGAUCUUCCUAUUACACCACAUUCUUCCGUAUUUAAUAGACUAGGCCAAAAAAGUGCUAAAGAGAGAUUGGGAAUUAUUUAAAUUAGCUUCUUUUUUUAAAUAUACUAUUUGUCCUUUUUGGCAAUUGAUUUAAACCAAAAUACUAGAAUCUUGACAAAUUCAAUAUAAUUUAUUUCGUUUUUUUUCAUAUUAUGUUUUACAUUGUACAUGUAGGUAUCUACAUUCUUUUUACUGAGCCGUAUUUUUUUACAAAAAACAUAUUUAAAGCGAUUGAUAAAAAAUAAAGAAACACAAAUUUACUUAUUGGGUUUAUUGAUUGGA